GCUCUUCCCUGGACUUUUGUUUGUCAAAUUAAUAAACACAAAUAUUUUCUCUUGUACAAACUUUACUGCAUAACAAUAUCUUUUUGUGCAAAUUAUAGCUCGAGAUAUCCAUAUUUGUGACCAUCAAUCCUGCUAAGCUUUGUAAUGGGCCAAGUGAAGAGCCAGUUCAGUGAAGACGAACUUCAGGAUUAUGAAGAUUUGACAUACUUUACAAAGAAAGAAAUCUUGUAUGCCCACAAGAAAUUCAAGAACCUCGCCCCUGAAAAAGUAGGACACAAUAAGAAUGCGAAGCUAUCAAUGAGCAAAGUCCUUGAGUAUCCGGAACUGAAGGCCAAUCCGUUCGGGGAUAGGAUAUGCAAAGUGUUUAGCUCGAGUAACGAUGGCGACAUAACGUUCGAAGAUUUUCUCGACAUGAUGUCCGUGUUUUCCGAUGCUGCACCAAAAUCGGUGAAAGCAGAACACGCGUUUCGAAUCUAUGAUUUCGAUGGCGAUGACAUGAUUGGUAGGAAUGAUCUAAAACAAGUCAUAAAACGUUUGGUAGAUUACAACUCGGAUCUCGGUGAUAACGACAUUGAACAACUCAUUAAUAACAUCCUUGAAGAAGCCGAUUUAGAUGAUGAUGGAGCUUUGUCGUUUGCGGAAUUUGAGCACAUUAUCGACAAAUCGUCAGAUUUCAUUAACUCCUUCCGUAUACGACUAUAACAUGCAGCUGCACUCCAUCAUACCUAUGUUACUCAAAACCUUUCGAAUAUAUUGCUAACGAUCAUAUAGUCCAACUCGUGAUGUAAUUUAAGUAUAUGUAAACGCACAAUGUCAUAAUAAAAUUGUAUUUGUAUUGUUUCGAA